AAAAAGUUUUCCAAAGUCACAAGAAAGAUCCACCAUGUCUCCUCCCCAACCAUCAUCCUUCCACCCGGCCCGCGACAUACCCGACCUCAGCGGCAAAGUCAUUCUCGUCACAGGAGGCAAUGCCGGAAUCGGAGCUAGCAUCGUCCACGCUCUGGCGGCGCACCAACCCUCCUGUAUCUAUCUCUGCGCUCGCACUCCCCGUAAAGCAGAGACGGUGAUUGCGAAUCUGCAACAGCAAUUUCCUCGAGCGAAAAUUCGGGCCUUGCAACUCGAUCUUAAUUCCUUUGAGAGUAUUCGGGCGUGUGCGAAGGCUUUUUUGGAUGAUGAUGGGAAUGGGAAUGGGCGUUUGGAUCAGUUGUAUUUGAAUGCUGGGAUUUCCGGGACGGCGCCCGGGUUGACGGAGGAAGGGUAUGAGAAUACUUUUGGCGUGAAUCAUAUGGGUCAUGCACUAUUGUGCCAACUGCUCAUGCCUAAACUCCUACAAACACAAAAGCUGCCAGAUGCAGAUGUGCGAAUUGUUGUCACGUCCUCGAGAGGUGGGCACAGUUUCAUUCCGAAGACCGGUCUGGUUCCAGAUCUCGAUACGAUGAAGACACUCGAGGCAUCCGGGAUGAACAGCAUCACCCGCUACGGGCACUCGAAACUGGCGAACAUACUGUUUGCGCGCAAACUCGCACAGGUCUAUCCCGGCAUCACCACCACAUCGUUCCAUCCGGGAACGGUGAAGAGUGAAAUCUGGGAGAAAGCCGAAGGGAUGAAGUGGAUCAUGUGGGCUCUCGCGCCUGUGGUGUGGUUGACAGGCGUCGAUUGUGAUAAAGGAGCUGAGCCGGGCCUGUGGUUGGGUACGGCGGAGAAGAGUCUGAUUGAGAAUGGGAGGUAUUAUGCGCAGGGGACGUUUGGGAAGCCCAAGGAUGAUAGUAAGUACGCUGUGGACCAGAAAUUGACCGAUGACUUGUGGCAAUGGACGAAUAAGGAGCUGGAAGCGCAUGGCGCUCCAGGAUGGCCAGAGGUAUAGAUUUUUGAUGUGUAUUUGGAGAGGCGGAUGAUUCCCAGGUAGAGUGCGAUUCACAGUAAGAAGAAGAAGAGUUUGUGGGUGCAAUCUGAUGCGCUUUAAUGCACUUUUGCAGUGGCUGUCUAAUGUUAGUCAAUUCCCCUGCGUAUGGAGACGCAUCGUCUCAGAGCGAUCGGGUUAGAAAUAGAAGAGCUUCCAGCGACGGGUCUUGUGCAGAUAUGGUCCAUCUCUUGCGAGAUAUCGAGCUACUCAUCUUGUAGGGAAACCACAUGCCUGGAGCUGUCUGGUCUAACGUUUCAAUGGAAAGACGAAAGCGGAAGUGGAAGUGGAGCUAACUAACGUAGGCAGAGCAGAGCUCGUUCACCAAAAUGAUGAACAAUGCUGCCUUCGUCACUCAGCAUAGUCCACAGCCAGCGUCGUCCCGCUUCGACUGUUGGCGCUCCAAACUUAACCACUGUGCAGCCUCGCACAGAUGCCACAGACCAUAGCACUUUGCUGGCAGUCUCCAUGCGUUGCCUUUUAAGUCGAUUGACGAUUACAGGAUCUGUCAUGCUCUCCUCAUCAUCACUGCCGCUGUCCCACUUCUGGCCGCCAAUCCUCGGCAACGCUUUGAACUCUCGUGCAAAAUGUUUGCCAAGAGCAGUGAACAUACUGCCAUAAACGACCAAGGUGCCGUAUACAGCGAGACCAUCCAUUCUGUGAGCCACACUAGUUUGUAGAGCUCGCUGAUCGAGCAUCAGGUUAUCUCGCAACAAGAGUCUGCGAUCUCCAGCUGGCUGACACAGGUAGACCUCAUUGCGACUGCCAUAUCGAAAGAACGACCAAUUUUCGCCAUUGGCUGGUCGACCAUUUGACACCCAAUCAAGAACACAGAGAUUUCCACGAGAAAGUCCAGGAUCAUCAGGAACAGUGAUGUUGUAGACCUGCUUCUGCUCAAAGCAGCUCUUCUCGAAUGGCUGAACUGGGUCGGGUAAAUAGCAGAGUGCUGCACCCGGCGCAAGAGUCACGGUCAUAGUCUGCCUGCUUACUACAUCACUGCUGAUGGACUUGAAGAGUUUGGUACUGCCUUGAGUGAGUAGCGUGAGGCGCGUGUGGGACUCCAGGAUGACAUCAAGGUCAAUGACAUCGCCGGCCACCAAGCCACCGCCGUAGGUGAGAAGGUAGACAGUAUGGAUCAGUUCGGCAGCUCCAUGAGCGA